AUGAGUAGUCCACGUAAAUUCGCUGAGAAAAUCGCUCUUCUCCAACAGAAACAAGCUGAAGAUGAUGCAGCAUUUAACACCAUUCUAUACGAAGUCGAAGCGGCCAAACAGAAAGCCGAUCGAGGGUCUUCGACAAAAACAAAACUAGAUGUACCAACACGUAAAUAUGAGAUACCGAAUAGAGUGAAUCAUUCAGAUAACAAUAACUAUACGAAUCAGCCCAUCAAGACUGAAAAUAACAACGGCUCUGACCGAUUGUUACAACCGCCUGAGAAUCCACAAUGGCGUCGAACUCAUUCGGAUUCGUCACUUCACCAUGCGAUGAUGCCAGCGGUUGUUGCACAUUACCAUGCUCAAGUUGAUAAUCAUGAUAAUAAUCAACGAAUCGAUUUUGAUAUCAACGAUGUCAAAUUAGAACCGCCUCACUAUGGUAAUCAAGCAACAUAUCAACAGUUCCACCAUGCACAAAUGCCAAUGAAUCACUAUUACGAUUUAAAUAAUAAUAAUUAUCCACAUGAUCAAACAAAUAUGUUUUACUCAUCUGGACAACAACCAAUUGCACCUUCAACGAUAAAUAAUCAGCAGCAUUCACUUUUAGGACCACGUUUUAGUGGUGGAAAUGUUAAUCCAAACGUUCUGAUGUUGCCACCCAAUCAACAUCCACGUAGUGGUGGUUCAUUGCCUGAUUUACGUAAUGAAAAUGUUUUUACACCAGCAUCACAUUCAACGAAUAAUGAUGAUCUAUAUGCACUUGGUCCACAACAACAAUUACCAUCACAGAGUGGGCCGUUGAAGACAAGUCCAAGUAUUCGUCGUCGACAUAGUCCGAUCGGUGAUGGAAAAGCAGCCUCACCACGUCGACAAAACUCACCAUCGCCAGAUGUGUCUUCUAUUCAACAAAAUCAUUAUCGAGCUGAACCACAAAGUCCUCCAUCUUUAUCGAGUUAUUCACCACAAAAUUCACCUCAUUUAUUGGCAAGCCCUGCCAAUGAACUUUCUCCAUUUUCUCCACAACAACAACAACAGCAGCAGCAGCAAUCGACAGAUAGCCCACAACAUUAUUUUUCAUUACCAAAUCAGUUUGAUCAGAUUACAUUGGAUAACAAAUUCUACACUCAACAACAACAACAACAACAACAAUCACCGCCAUCUAAACAACAAAAUCAUUCCCUUCCGACAACACCUGGCGUCUCGAAUAAUUUUGCACCAAGAGAUUUCUACACAUCGUUUAUCGAUGACAUGACACCUCCAUACGUCCAUAAUCAAUCACCUGGAAGUAUGUCGAACAAUGGAAAUCAAAAGAGUCCUACAAUUCCGAAUAUAAUUUUAACGGGUAAUUAUAUCCUGCAUGUCGAUAGUUCGAAGUUAGAUCUCUCGAAAGAAUUGAACAAUGACUUUUCACUUGCAUUUGAUCAUCUAAUUGAUGCAACAGAUUUACAGUUACCUGCAGAUGAUUUCUUGCUCAACGGAGCUGAUCUUUCUCUUGAUUCAAACCUAUGUGAUGAUACAUUUCGUAUGGAACGUUAA